GACAGGUUCACCGACGCCACAAAUAUCGGCGAAGUAACUAGAACUCUUGCUCGUUUGAAUGAUGAUAUGCUAGCUAUGCCCUAUAAUUAACGAGGAUUGUUGUUUGGUGAGGUCGAUCGCCCUUACCCCACGUGACAUGUGAUGCUACGCUCCCGCCGUUCCUGUUUUUUUAGACCAAGAUGUUCAAGUUCAAGGUCGCGAGUUGAAUUGAAAUUCCGGUCCACUCGUGUUAUCUAUUGCUGAGCUGCAUAUUCGCAGUCUGCUUGGAUUGUCGAGAUUGCUCCAGAUACAUUUUUCCAGGCGUCGACAAUUUCAGACGUUCAGCGCGAUCUACCGUAGCUGAUUGGGAACAACCAUGAUAUGAUCGACGGCAAGUACUAAGUGCUCAGGGCCUGCAGGAAAUCAAAAUGCCUGGUGUCUGUGAAGUCUGUUCUUCGGAACAAUCCAAAUAUCGCUGUCCUACUUGUGGGCUUAUGAGCUGUUCGCUCGCCUGCACCCAAUCCCACAAGAUAUACUGCGCACCCAAACCAGAAUCGCCGAAACCCUCUGAAGUGAAUGCUUCCGACGUACCACAAGAUGCUGUCAACGGACACGAAACCGGUAAUGGCGCGGUCAAGGAACAUGGCAAGUUCGAUUUGAAAGCGCUCGGAUCAUCCCCAGAACUCAAAGACCUGCUUUCUCGGUAUCCUCAGCUUCGUGGUCAACUACGGGAUAUGUAUAAAGCUACGCUGGAAGAGGAGUGGGUGGAGGUGUCACACAGUCACCGAGGUCGAGGACGCGGGUUUGGAAGAAGACGAGGAGCUCCGCGCAGUCGAGGACCUUGGAGUCGCGAGAAAGGCUUCAACCGGGGAUUGGGGAAAGUCAGGAAGCUUAGGGAACAGUGUGAAGAGGGAGUAGAGACUGGGAAAAGUGCGGAAGGAUUCAUGCGAUUUGUUGCUCUGAUUGCUGGUGAUGACGAAAACCACCAGGGGGAAUCUGCAUGAGGGGAUAUUCUUCACGGUAACAUGUCUGGGAAGUGAAGGAUCUCUUUGGGUUCUCAAGCCCAUAUGCUGCUGUACGACGACGUAUUUAUAAAGCACGUCUACACCAGUGAUACACCUCGAUGAAAUGUGCCGAGGAUGUACGAUGUACUAUGAUGCAACUUUUUUUCAAUAAUGGAUAGACAUGUAAGAUAUAAUUGAAAUGAUUAAUAUAGAGGCAAAUGAGGAAUGUCUAAAGACGAGUA